AUGCGUUCUUCAAAUUGGAUCAACCCGAUACUAUUGGCAAGCUCACUAUCUGCCCAGUGUCUGGGAGCUGUGGUUAGCAAUGAUCAAAAAGCCCUGAUCAAUGAUACCGCCCAUGGCAAGAAGAAGAACAUCGUAUUCAUCCUUACUGAUGACCAAGACUCAGUCUUAGACUCAGUCUCAUACAUGCCAAAAUUGAAAGAGAACAUCAUCGACAAAGGCGCCUCAUUCAUCAACCACUUCACCACCACAGCCAUCUGCUGUCCAGCUCGUGUGUCACUUUGGACGGGCAAGCAGCCUCAUUCGACAAAUGUGACUGAUGUAAGCCCGCCAUAUGGUGGCUACCCCAAGUUCGUCUCCCAGGGUCUCAACGAGAACUACCUACCCGUCUGGCUGAGCGAAGCGGGCUACAAGACCUAUUACACCGGAAAAUUAUUCAAUUCUCACACAGUUAAUAACUACAACUCGCCAUAUCCCGCUGGGUGGACUGGAACCAACUUUCUUCUCGACCCUGGAACUUAUGACUACUUGAAUCCGAUCUACCAGCACAAUCAGGAGGCCCCAGUCUAUCAUAAGGGAGAGCAUACUUCAGACCUAAUUGCUAAGUAUGCGCAUGAGCUUCUGAAAGAAGCGAUUGAUUCGAACAAUCCGUUCUUUGUUGGCAUUGCUCCUAUUGCACCGCACUCGAAUAUCGACGUCGACCGGGUGGCUGGGAGUGGUAUGACAAUACCUAUUCCCGCCGAGAGACACUCACAUCUCUUUGAAGGGGUAAAAGUCCCGCGGACUGAAAACUUCAAUCCAGAUUCUCCCAGCGGAGUGAGCUGGAUCAAGGAACUCGAGCAGUUCAACGAAUCAUCCGUAUCGCACCUCGAUAAUUACUAUCGCGCACGUCUCCAAGCUCUCCAAGGCGUCGACGAGAUUGUGGAGCAGGUCACUCAGCAGCUGGAAGACGCUGGUCUACUCGAUGAUACGUAUAUUAUCUACAGCUCCGACAACGGAUAUCAUCUUGGCCAGCACCGACUACCUCCUGGUAAGGAAUGCGGGUUUGAGGAGGACAUCCGUGUACCCCUUUUCAUCAGAGGCCCGGGCAUUUCUUCCGGUGCUGUGGAGAAGACUGUGACAACUCACAUCGACCUCGCGCCUACCAUUCUCAAGCUUGCAGGCGUUGAGUUGAGACAGGAUUUUGACGGUACUCCCAUCCCGGUGCUGGAUAACGAGGAGGGAAAGCGUCACGAGCAUGUUGCUGUUGAAUACUGGGGUGUUGCCAUUGCUGAGGGCGGCUUUGGUGGUUUUGAUGGAAAGGGCCUGCUCCAGAUACAAAACAACACGUACAAGGGUGUAAGAAUAGUGCACGAGGACUACGAUCUUUACUACUCGGCUUGGUGUAACAACGAGCACGAACUCUACGAUGUCAAGACGGACCCAGGACAACUGAACAAUAUUUUCCCCCUUGAUGGCAAAGCGACUGCAGACAAGGCAUUCCUGGGAACCACCGCCCAGCAAGUCGUCAACCGUCUCGAUGCUUUGAUGCUCGUGUUGAAGUCCUGCAAGGGAAACACGUGCAUAGAGCCCUGGAAGACCAUUCACCCUGAUGGUAAAGUGGCGAAUCUCAAAGACGCUCUUACGGGCAAGUUUGAUAGCUUCUAUGAGGAGCAGGUCAAGGUCCGAUUUGAUCGUUGUGAAGCGGGAUAUCUGGUCGAUGCUGAGGGGCCGCAAGUUGGAUAUGAGUAUCGCGAGGGUCUCGAGUGGCAUCAUUGGACUUGA